AGAAUUCGUUCAGGCAGACGAGUUAGUCAUGAAGUCUUUUUUUGUUCCUGCUCUUUUCAUCUCAAUGGUCGUAGGUACCUGGGCCAUUGAUUGCUACUCGUGUCAAGGCGGGGCUUGUAAUGAUCCUUUCAUCCCGUUAAUUUCAGGCGCAUCGAACAGCUGUCCCAAUUCUUUUAUUCCGAUCAGCUAUUGUUCGAAAAUAGUUUCUGGAUCAACAGUAAGACGUUCAUGUGAGCAUGUCUGUAUUGAGGGUUGUCUAUUCGGUGUCUGUACCUACUGCUGCAACACCAACCUCUGCAAUGGAGGCACUACCGUGACAACCAGCUUCGUUGCUAUGGGCGUGGCCAUGCUGGCCGCCUUCAUCCUCGCCAGACAAUAGGCUGCAGAGUAUACAUCACGUGACCGGGGUCAUAGGAAAAAUAUACAGAGCAAUAUGUAUGCACUGUAUACGCAGAAGUGUGGUGAAAAGAUACAAAUUCUCGGUCUUUCUCUCAAAAGUGUGUUUUAGACGAUCAUAAAGACUUAUGAGAAAGUUUACAAAAGCAAUGUAAAUAGCCUUAUCAUUUAGCAUUUAGCAUGUACUGGUAUACAAAUAAUGCACUGUUGCGAGUGUGUUAGCGCACCGCAAAGCCAGUGCACGAAGUUUAGUCAGUGCAAUUAGGUGAAAACGCACUGACUAAACUGAGUGAACUGUAACUGCGCUAACACACGAGCGAAACAGUGCAUUAUUUGUUUUAUAAGACAGGUCGGCAAUACUUUCUAACAAUAUAGUAUAGAUCUAGGGUAUAGAUAGAUAUUAUAUUUAGAUUUUACUAGAUCUUGGUAUAGAAUGUUCUAGAUCUAGAUCUGGAUUAAAUUUGCCUAAAUUACGCGAAAGCGUGUUUUAUCAAUUUUUGAUGGGAGAUGUUCUGCACGAUGGGAAGAACUAAUACACGUCCACGUGACGUAAAUUAACGAAUCAGAUUGCUUACAUUCUAGAACCCGUCUUAUAUUACUAAAUAAUGCUUUUGAGAUAAUUUCUUUUAAGUCUUUGCGAUCGUGAACUUUUUAUAAUCGUGUGUUUUAUGACAUUUUUUUUUAUGCAUAGCAUUUAUCUCUUAUUCGGUUUCUAUUCCUUUUCACUUUGUUCCGCUUUGUUUUAUGUUAAGGCUGAGGCUGAAAGUUCACCUAGAAGAAAGUCAUUAAAAAUGAAAUAAAAAAUGUAUAGCAGUAGAUUAGUUAUACUCUUAAUAUGCAGAAUAAGUGCUAGUAAAUAAUGUCAAUGGGUGGUAUUCCGGUAGCGCGUACUAAGUUAGCACGUGCUUAGUUAGU